UGAGCAUGUGGCUUCCUCUAGUGGUCACUCUGUACUACUACUACUACUACUACUACUACCUGCUGCUCAGUAUUACGUGUCUUUUUCAUGUAUAAAUGGCCUAUAACAUAUUUUCCAGACUCACUGCGGUAACUCUCCGACUGAAGUCUCAUCCGGCCGCCUUCAGUGCGUUGAGCUCCGGCUGCAGUUUGACGGUGCAACAUGACCGACAGAACCGGCGCUUCACCGUCGCUCCGGGCAGCGGGGCUGGUGACCAUGACUGUGCGGUGCUGCUCUACAAAUUCACUGGAGAGAAGGAGGUGGAUCUGAUAUCAACCUAUGUACCAGAGAUAUUUAGGGGCCAAGGUGUUGCUGCACUGCUGUCACAGGCUGCCAUGGACUUCCUGGUUGAAGAAAACCUCAAGGCUCAUAUCUCCUGUUGGUAUAUAAAGAAAUACAUCGAUGACAACCCGCUACAACUUUAUAAAGAACUUGUCAUCACUUGACUACUUUGUCUGGUACAGCCUAAUGCUACCUCAAAUCAACCACAACCUCAUGUAUCUUACUGUACAGCGCUACGGAGGUCUAAUGGAGGAUGUAAGACAUAAGACGUGAUUAAACCCAUUAAAGUUAGGCACAGUAUAAUUCAUAAUAUGUUAAAGAGACAUAC